UGCGUACAACAAAAUACAUGACAUUGCUGUUAAAUUUUGUGAAAAGAUGCCACUUUUACAAAUCAUCUACAUCAACAGCAAUUUGAUAGAAGAAAUCCCGAAUGAAACAUUUGCAGACUGUCACAAGUUAAUCACACUGGAUAUUGAUAACAACAAAUUGAAAAGUAUAGCAAAAAUGGAUUUUAGCAGUUUAAGACAACUAAAAACACUAGACCUCAGAAGUAAUUCAAUUGAAUUUAUACAUCCCGAAGCUUUUCAUAACUUGACAUCCCUGGAGAAUCUGGACCUUAGCAACAAUGAUCUUGAAUAUAUACACCCUGAAGCUUUUCGUAACUUGACCUCACUGUCAACUCUGUAA